CACCUUAGUGCCCUUAGUGGUGUUAGGGCCUAAUCCGGGCGGCCCUCGGACCGUGCAGUUCGGGAGUGACAUACAGAGAUAACCUCGAAGAAGAAAGACGGUAUCGGCAUGAAGGCUGAAAGGUGAUGAACUGGCGCCAACUAGUCAGCCGAAACACGAGGGGCUACCGCAGUCGACAUUCCUACCCCCGACGAAAUCUCACAAACUGCAGUCGACCUGUCCCUUCUCCCCGCUCCCAUGCUCCCCCCCGGACGAACUCGCACCCUUUCUCCUCCGCCGUCGCCGCCGCGCGCGCCCGUGGCGCAGUUUGGUUUCGACCGCGUCAGCGUCGGUGUCCUCUCGCGCGAGACCGAGACUCGCAUCGGGUUCCCCGACCAUUUCGCCCCCGGAGCCCGCUGGGGCACGCUGUCCGGGACUCUCUGGCCCGCGAGAGACUAAAAGCCAAGUGGUGUUGUGUUAGUGGUGAUAUGCCGCGUCCCUCUCCCGCUCCCUUGAGGCGUGUUUGGGGGACGGGGAGGAUGGGUGAGCGGGACAUACAGCAAGCCUUCCCAGGAAACCCAGCACUGUCGAGAGUCGGCGGCGUCGGCGGCGCGCUGCCUCCGUCAGAGGAGGAGGACGACGACGAUGAAGAUGAGGACGGAGGAUGGACGCGAAACAGCUGCACGAGCGGGCCGACAUCGUGGGGGGGAAAGGGGCGGCUCUGGCCCGCGCCUGAGGGCAGGGGCGGGGCCAGUCGGGCCUCGAGCGCCUCCAGGACGCUGCUGCGGUCGAGCCGAGUAUACUCGGUGCCUCCCAUCGUGUCUUCGACCGUUGGGCAGGGAAUCUAUCGCCUGUGUAUGCUACGACCGGUGCAGCUAGCUGGUCCCUCUGGCUCUCGUUGUGGCUGGCUGGAUGGAUGGCUAGAGGCGGGAUCUUGAAGGAGAUAGGUAACGCCGGCUGAACUGGGCAGCGAGACACAGGUGUAUGCGUGGCGUGGCGGGACACAUAUUGUUCGCUAGCAAUCACGCGCGCAGCCUACAAAUAAUCAAGACGGGGGUGCGAGAAUGGGGGUCGUCUUCCAGCGUUUCCGCAAGAGAGGCCGCCGGCGACCUAUUCCUGAAGCCGCCCCCCCAUCGGGAGAUUUCUUCUUCGGCCUGUCAGAUGUCGACCCCUCUCCUUCCCACCCUCUCCUUUACCUACUUUCUUACCUUCCCGGCCUUCUUGCCGCCAUCGAAGCCUCGUGUAAAUUA